AUGGCGACCACCAGUAUGAUCAAGGACAUUGCGCCGGUGCCGACGUCGGCCGACUUCAUCGAUGUCGUCCUCCAGGGUACCAUGCGUCGCACUCCCACGGUCAUCCACAAGAACUUCAAGAUCAGCCGUAUCAGGAACUUCUACAUGCGCAAGGUCAAGUUCACUCAGGACUCAUUCGAUGAGAAGAUUGGCCGCAUCCUCGACGAGUUCCCCAUCCUCGACAACCUGCACCCCUUCCUGUCGAGCUUGCUCAAUGUGCUGUACGACAAGAACCACUACAAGCUCGCGCUGGGCCAGAUCUCGACGGCUCGCCACCUUAUCGCCCAGGUCGCCAAGGAUUACUGCCGCCUGCUCAAGUUCGGUGACUCGCUGUACCGCUGCAAGCAGCUCAAGCGCGCUGCUCUCGGCCGCAUGGCCACCAUUAUGCGUCGCCAGAAGGACCCCCUCGCGUACCUCGAGCAGGUGCGCCAGCACAUCUCGCGUCUCCCUGCUAUCGACCCCAACACCCGUACCCUCAUCAUCUGUGGUUACCCCAACGUCGGCAAGUCGUCGUUUGUCAACAAGAUUACUCGCGCCGACGUCGACGUCCAGCCCUACGCGUUCACGACAAAGUCGCUCUUCGUUGGACACAUGGACUACAAGUACCUCCGCUGGCAGGUCGUUGACACGCCUGGUGUUCUCGACCACCCUCUCGAGGAGAUGAACACGAUCGAGAUGCAGUCGAUCACCGCUCUCGCCCACCUCCGUGCCGCCAUCCUCUACUUUAUGGACCUGUCGGAGCAGUGUGGCUACACCAUCGAGGCGCAGUGCAAGCUGUUCCACUCUAUCAAGCCCCUGUUCGCUAACAAGCCCGUCGUGCUAGUCAUCAACAAGAUUGACAUUGUGCGCCUGGCCGACCUGACGCCCGACAACCGCGCUUUCGUCGACACGAUCCUCAACGACAGCACCGUCACUGUUGUUGAGGCCUCGACGUACUCGGAGGAGGGUGUCAUGGACGUGCGCAACAAGGCCUGUGAGCAGCUCCUGGCCCACCGUGUCGAGCAGAAGCUGCGUGGCCACCGCAUUGAGGCCGUCGCCAACAAGAUCCACGUCGCGAUGCCUCAGAAACGUGACGAGGUCGAGCGUCCCGCUUGCAUCCCGGACUCGGUCAAGGCACGCGUCAAGUACGAUACCGAGGACCCGGAGCGUCGCAAGCUCGAGAAGGACGUCGAGCAGGAGAUGGCCACCAACCCCUGGCUCGGCAUCUACACCCAGGACCUCAAGCGCGACUACAUGCUAGCCGACGACUCGUGGAAGUACGACAUCAUGCCCGAGAUCCUCAACGGCAAGAACGUUGCCGACUUUAUCGACCCGGACAUUGUCGCCAAGCUCGAGGCCCUGGAGCGCGAGGAGGAGAAGCUGGAGGCCGACGGCUUCUACGCGUCCGACGAGGAGGAGAUGCUCGACUCUGAGGAGGAGGAGUUCCUCGACGCAGCCGAGCAGGUCGCCAACCGCAAGGCGCAGCUCAAGAAGAUCAGCCAGGAGAAGAACACGUUGCAGAACAAGCCGAUCAUCCCUCGCAAGAAGAAGCACGUCACUCUCUCCGAGUUCACUCAAGGCAUGCGCAAGCACGGGCAUGACCCGGUCGUGCUGGAGAAGCGCGCGGAACGCCUCGUUGCGGCCAAGAAGGCGGCAUGGGAGGCCUCCGAGGCCGAGCGCAAAGCCAAUGGCGACGUGGACAUGGACAUGGACGAGGACGUCGAGAUGGAGGAGCGGCCGCGCAAGCGCCGCGCCGGGCCCAAGGGCAAGGAGCUCCCUGCUGGUAUCACGACCAAGGAGCAGGCCGACAAGUCGAAGCGACUGCAUCACUUUGCCGUGCGCGAGCGCAACCGUCUUGCCAAGGCGUCCGAGUCGGACCGUCACGUCCCCAUCACGCGCCCCAAGUGGAUGCUGGCGGGCAAGCGCAAGGCCGGCAAGACGGACUACCGUUAA